UAAGUGCCUGGACUGGAAGCGGUGGGGAGCGCAAGGGGUCGGCCCUCCCUGGCAAGCUUCGGCGUGAGACAUUUGCUUGACUUCAUUGUGAAAAGCUGGGAGAAGUUACAAGAUUAUUUCUGACAAUUGUGUGUCGCAUCAUCUGUAAAAAAAGAAUAUAUGUUGAAAAGACAUGCCAUCCUAUCUCACAAGGCAGAAGACCCAAAAAACUUUCUCAUGGGUUGGCAGGCCAUUGCCGGAUCGAAAACAGUACCACCAAGUCUACAAAGAAAUGUGUAUGAAAGUCAAUGAUUGUUCCACUGAGAUUCACAUCAAGGUUGGACAGUUUGUAUUGAUUAAAGGAGAUGUUAAUGCAAAGCCCUAUGUUGCUAAACUGAUUGAAUUAUUUGAAGAUGGAUCUAAAUUUCCUUCCGUGAAAUGUGCUCGAGUACAAUGGUUUGUCCGAUUCUCUGAGAUCCCUAUCCCUAAAAGGCAUUUAUUAGGCCGGAAGCCUGCUGCAGAGGAGAUAUUCUGGUAUGACUCUUCUGACUGUGGUAACAACAUUUAUGUGGAGACCAUCAUUGGUCCUGUUCAGGUAGUGGCUUUAGCCCCAGAUGAAGCGAUACCUAUGAAUCAGAAAAGUGAGGAGACACUGUUUGUGAAGCUAUCCUGGAAUACAAAGAAAUUUGAACCACUGUCACCAGAAAUACUUGCAGCAUUGAAGAAACUAGAAGAUAGCCCUAAGUGCCAGAAACCUUUAAAAGCCAAGAUUAAGAAUGUAAAAAGCCCUUCUUGGGAUGCAACAGAACAAAUGGACAAAAGGAUUGAAUCAAAUCACUCUACCUCCAAAUAUUGCCAGAUACCUGCCCACCCUGUCUCCCCCAAUGCAAGCAUUCCCAGGAAGCCUAACAUGAGGCUAUCACAGAAGAUCUUGUGUGACUCCUUGGAUUCUCAAAAAAAUUCUAAACGAAAAACAGCCUUCUCUGAGACAGCCUCACCUCCUAAAAGAUCUCAGCCUGGUGAAAUCAAGACAUCAUCAACUUUGAAAACUUUGGAAGAAAAUGGACAGGCACAUUCCUUUUGUGCCAAAGGUAGCAUGAGAGCCAAAGACCCAUCUUUCAUAACCACAAAGAUUAGUAUGGAGAGGGCAUUCAGCCCUAUCAGGCGUAGAUUGAGGUCUUCAGUGGUGCCCAAUGCGAUUCUGACACCAGAGUUCACUGAGAGGGAGGCAAGAAAACAUGAAGCUCACGAAGAACCGACCUAUAGUUCCAAUCGUGCUCAUAGAAGGAGUUCUCUCUUGACUUUGAAACGGAUUAGGCAACAGCUUUGGCUUCUAGAUGAUGAUAAAAGUAACCAAGAAGAAGAAGAGUUUAUAUCCUCAGCAGAGGUGUCAGACUCCACUAGUGAGGAGGAAGAUGAUUCUAUUCCUUCCCUUCCAAAGAGAAAUCCCCAGCGGCAGUCCAGAAUCCGGAGAAUGGCCUCAAAUCCAUCAUUGCAGACCCCCUCCAAGACACCAAAGAAAACUCCUCAUGCCACUCCUCAGAUUCGAGAUAGAAAACUUGCUGUCCAGGAGCCAACUAAUGUGCUUGAAGAGGCCCGGCUGAGGCUGCAUGUUUCUGCUGUGCCUGACUCUCUUCCCUGUCGAGAGCAGGAAUUCCAAGACAUCUAUAGCUUUGUUGAAAGCAAACUUCUUGAUGGGACUGGAGGGUGUAUGUACAUUUCUGGGGUUCCUGGGACAGGGAAGACAGCCACUGUACACGAGGUCAUACGCUGUCUGCAGCAGGCAGCCCAAACAAAUGAUGUUCCUCCCUUUGAAUAUGUUGAGGUCAAUGGCAUGAAGCUGACAGAGCCCCAUCAAGUCUAUGUGCAGAUUUUACAGAAGCUGACAGGCCAGAAGGCAACAGCUAAUCAUGCAGCAGAACUGCUGGGAAAGCGGUUCUGCAGCCGAGGGUCCCCACAGGAAGAAACCACUGUGCUGCUUGUAGAUGAGCUCGACCUUCUUUGGACUUACAAACAAGAUGUCAUGUACAACCUCUUUGAUUGGCCUACUCACAAAGGAGCCCGGUUGGUAGUUCUGGCCAUUGCCAACACUAUGGACCUGCCAGAGAGGAUCAUGAUGAACCGUGUAUCUAGUCGACUGGGUCUCACUAGGAUGUCCUUCCAGCCCUAUUCUCACAACCAACUGAAAGAGAUCCUGGUGUCCCGACUCAAGCAUUUAAAGGCCUUUGAAGAUGAUGCCAUCCAGUUGGUAGCCAGAAAGGUAGCUGCCCUCUCCGGAGAUGCCCGGCGCUGCCUGGACAUCUGUAGGCGUGCCACCGAGAUCUGUGAGCUUUCCCAUAAUCGUGAUGACUCUCUGGGCCUGGUGACUGUGGCCCAUUUAAUGGAAGCUAUAGAUGAAAUGUUCUCCUCAUCCUAUAUCUCUGCUAUCAAAAACUGUUCCCUCCUGGAACAGGGCUUCCUGAGAGCCAUUAUUGCAGAAUUCCGUCGAUCUGGACUAGAGGAAGCAACAUUUCAACAGAUAUACAGUCAGCAUGUGGCUCUGUGCAGGAUGGAGGGACUGCCUUACCCUACCAUGUCAGAGACCAUGGCUGUGUGCUCAAAUCUGGGUUCUUGCCGCCUCCUCCUGGUAGAGCCCAGCAGGAAUGACCUGCUACUUCGAGUGAGACUCAAUGUGAGCCAGGAUGAUGUGCUUUACGCUCUGAAAGAAGAGUGAAGAACUUCAAGACUUCUGCUGUUUCUCAAACAGCCUUAUUUAUUUUUCUUCAGAACAUGAAUUAUAGC